UCGACUCGCAAACAAGAGUUUUGCAAAAAGCUACUCUGGAUUGAGAGGGAAGAACAAGCUAGAAGAGAUGGCAUUUAGACUAAAUAGUGGAGAAUAUACAGUAAAUCCUGUUAGCUCUGAGACUAGGAAUCCAACUCCAAGAGAACUUGUAGACAAAUAUUCUGGACAGGGACUCCAAUUUAGAGUUAAGUAUGUUGGCUCUGAGAAUGUUAACAGGAGACGUGGUGAUGCUGAAGCCGCUAGAUACUGCCUACCUACUCUGAGGACGGCUAGUAAGAAUAUGAGAGCUCACAAGCCAAAAGCAGUUUUAGGUCUUAACCUGAAAGGAGUAUCACUUUAUGACGAGAGAUCAAAGUCUGUAACUCGUGUCCCAGUGGAUAAGGUUACUUAUGUUACUCAUGAUCCUGAGGAUCAGUGCUACUUUGGAGUUAUCAUUCAAACUAAGGAGUCCCACACUGGAUUCAGACUCUACUGCUUCAAAGCUGAGAGACCAAUAGCUGUCACAUUUGUCAAUUCAUCUCGUGAGUUAUUUGAUCUUAUUAUGAAGUUACGUCAAGCAAAGAAGAAAGUGAAGGAGGAAAGAGAAGAAGCUGAUAAAGCACCUCAAGAUCCUGAUACUAGUAACCUACCAGCUGAGAAUGCUCCUCCCCCUUCUUAUACUUCAGUUUCAAAAGCUCCAGACCGUCCACCUCCUCCUAUGCCAAAACAAGCUCCUGCUAUGCCCCCACGCCCACAAGAGGCAGACAUAUUCUCGUUUGGUAAUGAGCCCCCACCUCCAACUUUUGAUGACGUUUAUGAUACAUUUGGUGAUAUAACAACUCCUCAAGCAGCAAAACCACAGACAGCUGCUAUGUCUGAAUGGGGUGCUCUUGAGUCAGAACUGAAUGCUAUAGGAGCACCUACAACAACAGCAACAUCUGCUCCUGCUCCAGCUCCUACUGCUCAGUCAGAGUACAUGAUAAUACCACCACCAGCCCCAACAGGAGGAGCACGUACCCGCCCCCAGCCGGGGGUACAACCCCCUCUCACCCUCCCCCUCCAGCCAAUCCUCCUCCCUCCUCAAGUGGGUUUGAUGAUUUAUCUGACGUCUUCUCAGGCAGUGGAGCUCUUACUAGUCUGUACGGGAAUCAGCCUCAAGCCCCGCCUACAUUUACCCCACCCCCACAACCAAACCCGUUUGGUAUGGCCGGUCAGCCCCCUCCCCCUAAUUACCCACCCCCUCCUGUACAGGAACCCUCCAUUACGAUGGAUCUUAUGGAUGCUAUAUGCAACCCACAGCAAAACACAACCAUUGCUUACCCGAUAGGUAUGGGAGUGAGAAUGCCUGGUUUGGGAAUGGGACCUCCUGCCGGGUACGGAACGGGACAGUUUCAGUUUGGAGGAGGCAUGGGCGGAUUUUCCGGCGGCCCCCAGCCCCCACCAUUUCAAGAUAUUUUCAGUUUACCGGCUGACCCCUUACUAGACAGCAAUUUCUCUCAACCACUCCUACCUACUAAUACCGGAGGGGCUGGAACCCAUGGAGGUGGGCAGCCCCCACAGGGGGCCGGGGGCAAAAUUGAUGCAUUCUCUGAUCUGGUCUCAAUAGCUCGGGACAAAACAUCAAAACCAGAACCGACCCCUCCCACAAUAUUCCAAGCUCCUCCCACUAACACAGAAACUCCACCCCCUCUACCAUACCGUCCACCUGAUUUAGACUUCACUGAUGCCCCGCCAACUACUUCUGGCCCGGCCCCUUCUGGGUUUGACGAUACUUUUGGUGCGUUGCCCCCUGCCCCCAGGACGGGGGGCGGUUUUGGAGGUGGUAUGGAUAUGUUUGGUGAUAGUUUUACUAGCAGAGGGGGUGGGGCUGCCCCUCCCCCUUCUGGAGCUGAUUCCUGGAUGUCUUUUAAUUAAAAACAAUACAUAUACUAUAAUACACUAAUACAUGUACAUGCACACUUAUAUACAUGUACAUGUAACAUACAUUUGUUUAACUAUAAUGCAUUGUUGGCUGAUUGACUUAUUAUUAUUAUUAUUGUUAUUAUUAUUAUUAUUAUUAUUAUUAUUGUUGUUGUUGUUGUUGUUGCAGAUUUUGUUGAUAGGGUAUACUUUUGCUAUUAAUUUUUUAAUUU